AUGGCGGGGGUUCGGAGUUCACAUCUGGAUCCUGUUCCGCCCCGGCCAGCCUGGGCUCUUCCUCCCCUAACCCCGCCCCCCGUCAGGCUCCGGGGCCGAAGGGGCGGCCAGAAGCCUACCGUACGCGGGGCCCCGGCCCGCCUUGCUCCCCCGCCUCCGUUUCCAGCCCCGACGGGCUCCAGGGCGCGGUCAGAGCCGGGACCAGGCCCCCCGGUCCCUGUCCCUCCUCCGGGUGGCUCGUCAGGUCCAGACGCCCCCGACAGGCAGUCGGGCGGACGGGCUGCCGGGGCCGCAGCAGUGCCUGGAAGAUGGACCCCCCGAACCCCCAGAGCGAGCACCGUGCCUCCCGGCCCGGGGCUCAUUCGCACCACGUGCAGCAGCGGUGGCGGCGGCUUCGUCGGGGCGGGCGCACCCCCAGCGGGCCCGGGUCCUUCCGAGGGGUUACUAGCCCGCGGCUAUCCCGCCACCUACCCUGCCUUGCUCAAGGUGGCGCAGAUGAUCUCCCUCCUGAUUGCCUUCCUCUGCGUGAAGAACUCCGUGUGGACCGACUACAGUGCCUACAGCUACUUUGAAGUGGUCACCAUGUGUGACCUGCUGAUGAUUCUGGUCUUCUACCUGGUCCACCUUUUCUCCAUCUACAGAGUGCUCACCUGCAUCAGCUGGCCAUUGGCGGAGCUUCUCCAUUACUUAAUUGGUACCAUCCUUCUUCUGAUUGCAUCCAUCGUGGCAGCAUCCAAGAGUCAUGGCACAGAUGGCCUUGUGGCUGGAGCGGUCUUUGGGUUCCUGGCUACUUUCCUAUGCAUGGCGAGUAUCUGGUUCUCCUACAAGAUUUCAUGUAUAACCCAGGCUACAGCUGCAGCUGUGUGAUGGCAUCACUCGAAAUGCCUCCUCCCUGGCAGGAAGAGUCCACGUGGGGCCCAAGGGGAAAUGUGGCUGAGGGGGGCCAACCGGAAGGGCCACCUGUUGUCAGUGAGAUGAAGGAAGGCUUUUGAAGCAGAGUUCUUGGUGCCAAAAGACUGCCCCCAAAGGAUGGAGAGACCUCCUGAGAACUCUCCCAGCCCCUUCCUGGAGUUCUGUCCAGAAGAUGGGCUUCCAGGUCAUCUCAGCAUUCCCAAGACUUACUCCCGUUUCCCUAGCAACAGCCCUGCCUCUGCUUGGGUGUGGAAUGGGACAGGAUGGGACGGGCAGGAAAACGGCUUCAUGCAGCCCUUUGCCUUCUUCUGUGUGUGAAACCUCUUCAGGUCCCUCCCGGGUCUCCGUUUCUUAGGCUGGGGGUGCUCUGAAAACAAGUCUUUGUCUAUUUCUGUCCUCAGUUCCCUCCGGACUGAAACCCUUUUGUAAAACAAGCGCCCCCUCCCCAUCCCUAAUUUAUCUGCUUUUGUAAAUCCAGACUUGCUAAAAGUCCCGAUAAGCACUGUGCACACGGGGAAGCGACCCCCUGCCUCAUUUUGGCAUCCUUGCCCCUGGCUACCACAAACCAAGAGAAGUAAAGCCUGCGCUUGGGUAA